CUCUGCGCGGGAGCAUGCGCUUUGGGAAGAAAUUAAGCGUGGCCAUUUCUCUAAAUUUGUGAAACUCACGUGAGGUGUUUCGUUUAUUUUUAAGUCGGUGUAUUUUGAAAAAUCCUUACGAUCAAGUGACCGCCGACAUGGAUGCAAAUAAACUUAUAGAAAUACUUCGGGCAACUAUAGACCCAAAUCAGAGAGAAGCCGCAGAGAAACAAUUGGAACAGGUUCAUAAAAUUAUAGGCUUUGCACCCUCCCUUUUACAAGUAGUUAUGAUGAAUACAUUAGAAAUGCCUGUGAGACAAGCUGGUGUUAUUUAUUUAAAAAAUAUGGUUGGACAGUUUUGGCAAGACAAAGAACAAGAGCCUGGGAAACCGAUUUUAUUUUCUAUUCACGAACAAGAUAGGGCUAUGAUAAGGGAUUCUAUUGUAGAUGCAAUAGUUUAUGCUCCAGAACUAAUCAGGGUUCAGCUUGCUGUUUGUGUGAGUAAUAUUGUUAAACAUGAUUUUCCUGGAAAAUGGACUGGAAUUGUUGACAAGAUAUCUGUAUAUCUUCAAAUGAAUGAUUCCAAUGUUUGCAUGGGAGCAUUACUAUGUUUAUAUCAACUAGUAAAAAAUUUUGA